AUGAUAACGUGGACCCAAAAUAUAGGCUGUGGGGCUGUUUCGACGAGACCAUUGACCACCUGGUCUCUGGCCUGCCCUGAACUGGCUAAAAUUGAAUACAUCCACCGCCACAACAAGGCAGCUGUACACAUGCACUGGAAGAUCUACAAAAAAGAGUUUGGCAUUGAGGUGAAGGAAGGAUGGUAUGAGCAUGAACCCAAGACUGUCACCGAGAAUGACAGCGUCACUCUUCUGUGGGACAUGCCCAUCCACACUGACAGGACCAUAGCAGCUAAUAGGCCAGACAUUGUGCUAAAGAGCAAGAAGGAUAAAAUCUGCCUUCUCACUGACAUGACUAUACCCCUCGACACCAAUACCUCAGUCAAAACCACAGAAAAGCUUUCCAAAUACGAAUGUGGGGGCUCAAAAUGACAAUGUCCAGUCCUGGUGGUUAUGGGGGCCCUUGGCACUAUCAAGAAGGACAUGGAAAGCUACUCCAACAAAAUCCCUGGCAACAUCAACAUACAUGAACUCCAGAAAAUAACUCUCCUUUCUACAGUCCACCUUCUCAGGCGGGUCCUUUCAAUCAAGUAG